ACAGGAGAGAAAGUAAGAGACUGACUGCAGCAGGCAGGCAUCUGAGUGGGGAAGAGUCAGUGCUCUUAAGUGGUCGAAUGACGUACUAGGCUCUUGGCUGGAGAGAGGGUCGCUUUUCGCGGCCUGAGUCCCCCUGCUAGGAGGUGGAGUGGGGAAGGAGGAGGCGCCUGAGAAGGCGGUGCCUUUGGGGUGGAGGAAGUUUUGCACUUUGGGCCGCCGCCGCCGAAGGCAAAGAGAAAACCGCUCGGGGUUGAGAGCGAGAGACAGAGUGAGAGGCAAAGAGGAGCCGGCCAGCUCGACGUCCUUCAAUCCCAGCAGCUCCCUCUAAGGAUACUCACACAGACCAUCCCCGCGCCUUGCCUUUCUUCGCUGCCGCAGCAGCCGGUCUCCUUCGCCGCCGCUGCUGCCCCGACCCCCGGCGCGAUGGGAGGAUCUGGCUCCAGUUUGCUGGACGAGAGCAAGUGCACUUACAUCCGAGGAAAGACAGAAGCUGUGAUCAAGAACUUCAGCCCACACUACAAACGUCAAUAUGCUGUGUCCUUUUGCCAGCACAUUCAGAAUGAACUGGAACAAAACAGAGAUCUGCAAUCUCAGUUCUUAAAAACAAAGCCUCCUGCCGAAUCCAGCAUGGUAUUUUUUGAAGGAGAAGUGUCACAUUUUGCUGAAGACUUGAAGAAAUGGAAGGACAGAUGCAUAGUGAUUAAACACAACUAUGCUGUAGAAAGCUUUGAAAGCAAAGAGGCUUUCCAAAAGGGAAUGAGUUCUAAAAGCUGCAUUCUACCUGUUGGAGGCAAAGUACUGACUGCAGAGGAAGACUAUAACAUACUAUCUGAUAAACAUUUUCCAGACCCUAAUGCUUCCAAUGAAAAGGAGAAUGCCCAGGCCUUUGUUGUCCUUCCAAAAGAAUAUCCAGUCUUUCUGUGGCAGCCUUUCCUCAGACAUAGCUACUUCUGCUUCCCGGAUCCAGAGUCUCAGAAACAGUUCAGCACUGCCCUGAAUGACUGCAUCAGACACUUGAACCAAGAUUUUUUCAAGGAGGCCUCAUUUGAAGCGGAAGCAUUUUUAGAAGCUGUCCAGUUUUUCCGUCAGGAGAAAGGCCACUAUGGGUCUUGGGCAAUGAUUACUGGCAAUGAAGUUCAGAUUCUCAGCAACCUUGUCAUGGAGGAGCUCCUACCUAGCCUCCAGAGCAUGCUGCUUCCAAAAAUGAAAGGGAAGAAGAAUGACAGAAAGAGGGCAUGGUUUGGGAUACUGGAAGAUACCUAUCGUUUGGUCCAGGAACAAGUUUCAGAAGGACUAAGUGCCCUGAAAGAUGAAUGCAAAGAAGUUACCAAGGGGCUUGAAGGAACUAUUCGGUCAGACCUAGAUCAGAUUUUGAACUCGAAGAACUUUUUAGCUGGGAAAAUAAAUGGCAAUGUAUCUGAACCUGCCCAGAAAUGCUAUGGUGAGAGUGUUCAGCCCUUUCUAGCUUCAAUAUUGGAGGAACUCAUGGGCCCAGUGAGUUCUGGAUUCAGUGAAGUCCGUCUGCUUUUUGAAAAAGAGGUCAACGAGAUCAGCCAGAGCAUCCAAGCGACAAACGAUGCCAUGAAAAUAAAUGAGAAACUGGAGAAGCUGGUGAGCUUGCCGUACAACUCUGUAAAAAUGGAGCCUUGCUAUCUGAAAGUCAACCUCCUUCAAGAACAGCUGCAGGACCUCAAGAGCCGCUUCAAGUUCUACGAUAUUGACUUGGUUAUUCAAAGGACUCAAAACAUCAUGCAGGAGCUUAUGGAAAAUGCAGUCUAUACCUUUGAGCAGCUGCUUCGCUUAAGCAUACCCUGUGACCUGGCCAAAAUGGCAACAGCCAUUGAAAAAGUCAAACUUCGUGUACUAAAGCAAUAUGACUAUGACAGCAGCACUGUCCGGAAGAAGAUAUUUCAGGAUGCCUUGGUCCAGAUCACUUUGCCCACCCUGCAGCGGACAUUGGCCGCAACAUGUAAACCAGAGCUUCAGAAAUAUGAGCAGUUCAUCUUUGCUGAUCAUACCAGUGUGAUACAAGUUGAAAAUGUCUAUGAAGAGAUUUUACUUCAAAUGUUGCUAGAUGAAAUCCAAAAAGUGAUAAAAGAGGCUGCUCACUUGAAGAAACACAACCUCUUUGAAGAAAUGCACCUGCCUUCGAUCAGUGUAUCCAGUUUGAGUGAUCUAAAAACUCCUUCAGGAUCAGCACAAGCCAGCCCAGCUAGGAAGGCAGCCACCAAGUUGACAGAUGUAUCAUAUACCGACACUCAAAGUAAUGAUGUGUUUACACCAGAAAAAAUCCCUCAGGAGGAAUGCCAUGAGACUGUGGACAAUGAAAAAGAAAUUUCGGCUAUGGCUUCUAGUAUUCCAACUGACACAAAGGAAGAGAUUAUCUUAGAUUUUAGUAGCCGUUUGGAGUCACCCUCUGUGAUCCUUGGAUCUGUAGAAGAAAACAUAGCUCGACGGGUUCCAGAUGUCACAGAAACAAAAGUUGGUGGAGACACAUCAGAAAAUAAGGUACUAGUGGGAGAGGAAAACUUGUCAGUUCCAGAUAGUGUGAGUGAAAUAAGAAACCUGUUGACAUUGACAGUUGAAUUGCCAGUAAAUGUUCCACCUGAGAAUAAAGAAGUUGUACAUGAAUGUGGGAUUUCAAAUCCUCAGGAAUGUUCAGAAGAAAAGGACGAGGACAAAAUGAAAGCAGAGAUAUGUCAAACGUGUGAAAUGCAGGAGCCUCCCAGAAUACUUUCCCCAGAAAGUAUAGAAGCAGAUGAUGUAAAAGUAACAAGCAUUUCCUUGCCACUCAAUGAGGAAUCAGAUUAUAUAAAUGUAGCAAGCAUUUCCUUUCCAUCCAACAUAGAAGCAGAUUAUAUUAAUGUAUCAAGUAUCUCUGUUCCUUCCAGUGCAGAUGAAGAUUAUAUAAAUGCAUCAAGUAUCUCUGGGGAACAAAGCUGCAUUUCUCAAGUGGAGAAAUGCACUUCUUCUGAGGUUCCUAAAGAACCAGGCCUUUGUGAAGCAUCAGGAACAGAACUGGAGACAACAGCAAGCAUCUGGUAUGCUGAUGUAGAAGGUAGUAGUCCUGAUGACCAGUUCCAAACAAAGCAGUAUGCUGAAAGUGGACAAUCUGAUCAGAGGGAAGUAGGUCUUUCCCCACUUCCUUCAGUCUCCGUAGAAGGCAAGUCACAAACAGAGCAACAUGAUGAUGGUAGACAACCUAACCUGAGGGAAGUAGAUGUUUCCUCUCUGCACUUUGUUGCAGUGGAUGAGAAGCCACAAGUGGAACAACAUGCUGAAAAUGAAAAAUCUGACCAGAAGAAUGAAGAAUUUUCUUCCCUUCAUUCUGUCCCAAUGGAUGACAGUUCCCAAACAGGGCAAUAUAUUGAAGGUGGAGAAUCUGACUUGCAAGAAACAGAACUCUCCCCUCUUCAUUCUUCUACAGAAGUAGAUGCUCAGUUGUCCUUUGGUUGUUCUCUUGAAACAGAAGAGUCUGUUUUGAAUAUUGGAAACUUGACAAUAGAACCAAUGGAUUUGCCAGUUUCUCCAGAAGUAAAACAGAGUAAAGAUAGUAAUUUGGAGGCCUUGGUGAACAUAAAAUCAAACGGCUUCACUUUGGUUGAAGUGGAAGAUUCUAAGGGAACAGAUGUGUCCUUGCUGCAUGCUGAUGUUGCAAAUGCUCUGGAAGCUGAAACAGGCACACUGGAAAAUGCUGAGGGUGAUUGUUCUAAGUCACAGUCUGAGAAAUAAGAAAAAAGUUACCUUGGGAAUCCAAAGCCUAACCUUAUGAUCAGAAUCCCCCUAACAUUUGAACAGAGAAAUUUCUUCAGAUUCACAGAUCCUAUUUGAGAGCACUUGUAUACGUUGAAUAUGUAACUAUUUUAGCAUUUUGAUUGCUUUAAAUCAUCUUUCUCCUCGGUUACUGCUUCAUGUCAUUCAUUCAUUCCAACAUCUUAGAAGUGGGCCACUGAAAAUUGGCUACUGUCACUAAUAAGGAGAUUUGUGCAAACUCUCAAUGAGAUGGUGGCAAAACCGUUGAAGCCUUUGACAUUCCUUGGAAACAGCGUUCACUGAAAAUACUCAAUGUGGCUAUUUAAAAUGAAGGACUUGCUCAUAUGGUUGGGAUUGCAGUGUUUGGUCAGUAGCAUUGAGAAAGAAGUGCUAAAAUCAAGUGCAGUUAAGAGAAAAUGAAACUAUGUAGUAGUUGCAUGAAGCAUGUUGAAAGCAAAUGAUCAAUGAAGAAAGGAAUUUACUUAUUGGAACUUUGCACAGCAUAAUGGUGCAUAUGGUUUUGACUAUUGAUAGAAAGAUGCUUGCUUCUGUAUUUUAAGAGCUCUAGUAAAUAUUUUGACAAUGGAGAGGUCAGUUCUCCUCCUCCUUUUGUUUUUUAUACUAUACUGUAUUUAAAACUGCCAGGAUAGUUGGAUCAGGCUUCUUUGUCCCAUUCUUCUGCACCUUUUGCAGAGCACUUUAUAAUUAUUUGUUCAAAGGGAGUGACAACGAUAAAUAUUUAUAUACCGCUUUUCAACAAAAGUUCCCAAAGCAGUUUACAUAGAGAAUAAAUAUAAAGGUGGCUCCCUGUCACUGUUCCCUCUAAGGUGCACGCAUACAAACCCCCAGGCCUCUGCACAGCAGUUUCUAGUGGAUACGCAGUCUCUGCUGCGCCUGCCACGGCCGCCCAGCUGCCCGGUACCCUGUUUCCCCCUCUCCCUGACCGGGCGGCGGCCACUGCCACCUCCUCCCUUCCUCCCUGGCUGGGCACAGCAGGCUUCGCCCCCUUUUUUAAACCUCUGAAAGCCCACCGUGCAUUGUGGCGGGAUGGGGGGCGGUGAGCUCCUUCCACCUCCCCUCCGCUCAAGUGACUGCUCUGAUGUCUGCAGCCCGUUUCUGGCGUGGAAGGAACAUUUCUGUGCUGCGCUUUGCACUAAUUUUUUGGGGGGGGCGGGGAGUUAUGUGCGCACACUGCCUUGAUACUGCCACCCAGAACAAAACUCUUUCUGCUUACUGAUGAUAAAAAAUAGAGGGAGCACUGCUCCCUGUCCCCAAAGGGCUCACAGUCUAAAAAGAAACAUAAGGCAGAUACCAGCAACAGCCACUGAAGGGAUGCAGUGCUGGGGAUGCAUAGGGCUGUUUGCUUUCCCCCUGCUCAAUAAAUAGAAUCAACUCUUUGAAAAGGUGCCUCUGCUCGGUUAGCAGGGGAAUGAUGGAAGUUUUGAGUAAUUUGUAACGUACUUAUUCUGCAGUGCCUUAGCCAGGGUCAUGUGUAAAAAGGAAACAGUUGGAAAUUCUGUGGCAGGCGAUCCAAAUUCUUUACCAAGAAAAGUUGAAGUAUGCAACCUGUAUACAUUACGAAGAGGGUUUACAUCUUAUUUUGCAUAAUUUAUUCUGCUUCUCCCAAUCAUGGAGAGGGAUAGGUAGCUGUGCAGAUUAUCAGGUCAUCCCUGUGCCUGUGUGGGCACUCAGUGGUUAGAACUGUGGAAGCCAGGAGCAGGCUUACUUUGUAAUGAGCAAUUUGGGAUGAUAUUGCCUGCUGUCAUAGCUCCUACCAGAGCCAGAGGAGGGGGGAGUUCUCUGGGGUGAAUCCUUGACUAGAAGGGAUUCAAAGUUGGCUGCCACCAUCCAGUUUAUUUUAAUGUGGGACAAACCACUCUUUCCACAUUAAGACUGGUGGGAGUGGGGGGAACCCUCCUAGAAGGGCUGAGCAGUCAUAGGCCUCCAAAGGUGUGUGACUAAGGCAGACCCAAAAUGAAGAGUAGCACACAUCAGCAACAAGAAUUUAUUAUAUAAACAGAAAAAGGUAUGCACUAAGAACAACUGUCUUUUCAUAAAGCAGAUUGUGAGAGAUUUCAUUAACCUGGCAACUCAGAUCCAAGCAAUACAAUAAAGGAAAAUAACUUCCCUAUCUCAUUACUCACAGGCAGGAAUCUUGGCCUCCCAUUUCCCCAGCACCUUAUCAGCCAGCUUCUUCCUCAGGGCACUCCUGGGACAGACCAACUCAAGAAAAGGUUUUUCUCUACUUCUGUAGAUGGCUGUGAGUGUAGCUCUGGAUUGGUCCUUCUGUUUUGAUUUUCCUGGGCUUUCCCCCUUAUUAGGAAAGGCCCACCCUCCAAGCAGUUGCUUUCAGUGAGACCUAGUCCUCCCUCAAAGCUUCCCCUCACUACACCUGCACCUUUUCUUUUCUAUUUCUUUAAUCAAAAGGGCUAGAUAUUUACUUUUUUCUUUUAAAGCUGAGAAUUCAGGGAUGAGACCUGGGAUAUUUCAGUCGUCCAGGAUCUGAAGCCUUUUCUCCAUGUCCAUGGCCCUGGCACCUCCACGAACUAUGUUUUUACAGUAGCAUGCCACUCCAGAAAUGUUUAAGUUACUGAUAUGGGCAAGUAUGCUGGUUCAGUUAUCAAAGUACAAUUUAUUGCAGUGACACUGGAUAGCAAAUAAUAAGCACAACAUUACAACGAAGGUCCCAAUUAGCACCUGACAGUUCACAAAUCUUUGUGGCAUUUAGCUGUAGAAAAAGCUAUCCCAUUGCAAAUGCUAUCUUAAUUAAAACAAAUACUAACAAGAGAAUUAUGAAGAAUUAUAAUGAUGAUUAUGAUCAUCAUAUAUCUAACUUAAGUUUCAGACAUUUAACUGUACAUCUUUGCCUAUUUUCAUUCUGGGAUAGUGGCUGUUUUCAAGUAAAUGCAUCAAAGGUGGGAUUUCCUAAUGCAUGUGUGGCCAGCCUUGGACAUGGGUGUCACAGUGGGAAAGGUAGUGGGAGUUUGUGGCAUACCUGAGCAGGAAGGCAUACCUGAACAGGAGCAGGAAGGGCAGGCUAUGGCGGAGAAUCAAAUAAAGGUUGCUCUCCCUCACUCAGGAGACAAGUGGCAAAACCACACCAAGGGAUGGGAGACUGCCUACGUACAACCCAUUCUUUGAGCUUGACUUUUGGUACAUUUGUCAAAGAUACUGCCUGUCUAUGUAUGCAAGUCCAAAACCAGGACCUUGUGAAACAGUGUAGUUGAUGCAAACUUAUUCGGGCAGGAUCAGCCGGCCCCACUAUUACUAGGUUAAUCCAUGUAAACAAUUAAGAAUUACUUUAAUUACUCAACUUCCUUGGAAAUGUUGUACAUGCUACAAAUCCAUCGUAAGCCAUGGAGAUAAUUCGCAUAUUCUACUUGCAUGUAAUUAACUUUCCAUAUCAUUUUCCUGAUUAUGGAAGACACAAAGCUGCCACUGAUUAAUAUUUUAGUUAUUUCACAAUCUUUUUGAAAUUCAUAACAAGUAUGAAACAUGACUUCCCCGCUGUGCCACCUAAUGGUGCAUUGAGGAAGUAACUUGGCUAGGGAGCAAGAGGUUGCGGGUAUGUUUCCCAGACUAUGGGAAACACCUAUAUUGGGCAGCAGUCAUAUAGGAAGAUGCUAAAAGGCAUCAGCUUAUACUGUGUGGGAGGUGGCAAUGGUAAACCCCUCCUGUAUUCUACCAAAGAAAACCACAGGGCUCUGUGAUUGCCAGAAGUCGACAUCGACUCAAUGGCACACUUUACCUUUAGACAUUUACCUUUAUGAGACAUUUGAGGAAACCAUUUGACUGAGGGAUUUUGAUAUAAGAAUUUAAAAGUAAUGAAAACUGAAAACUAUGGAUGUAAGUUACUUUUUAGUUGGCCAUCUGGAGCUAAUUCCGAAGUACAGUAUUUGUAAACUUUUGUUUACAGCCCUCAGAGCUAGGUGUUUCCCCUUUAAAAGACUAUAGAUAUAUCCCUAUUCACGUUUUGUUCAACACAUGUACAAUCUGUGUAGUUUAUGCUCCUGCUCUCCAUGUUGUUGAUUGGAGAAACUUCAAUGUAAUGGUGUCAGGACACGUGGUAAGCCAUCUUAGACAUUAAGGGAAGGGGAGAGGUAGAUUUGAUAUGUGGCGCCAGUUUUGUCGACAGUAUGGCCAAGUGUUCCUUUUAAUGUGUAGUUCUGCCUUUAUUGUCUUCUCAAUUUGGAGCUGCAAAAAGCUUACUUACAAUCUAAUCUUAACCAUACUUGCUUGGAAACAGGUCCCAUUGCUUUAUUUUGGGCCUGCUUCAUAGGUCCAAGUAACUACAUUUAGGUAUGAAGCCUUAAAAGGUAAAUCUCAGAUAUUGUGGUUUAUCUUAUUGAAGGUUUGUUGGGUACUUGACUAACAAACAUUAGCUCUUAUGCUGUCAUUUCAGUUUUGUGAAUUUCAAGAAGUAUAAUCAGUGCGCAGUAGCUUCAUGUGUAAAUAACUGUUAAUGUCAAAAUAUUUCAGGUAUCAUUUAGAAUUCAUGUGUACAUAUUUCAUCUGAUUACCCAGCUUGAGCAGAUAAAUUGUGAAACACAGUGUAACAUGUUUAAUCCUUCUCAAGUGCUUGUGCCAAAAUAAAAUAUUAUUAUCUCC